AUGGGUCCACCCUUCACACCUGAAACGAAGGAACAGUCGAAGCAAUGGACUGAAAAGGGGGACUCGGCUCCGAAGAAAGCAAAAACAGUUCCAUCGGCAGAUAAGAAGAGAACGAGAUGCGAUCAAGGUCAAGGAGUAGCUACAGCAGCUGGUUUAUUAUCCAUGAAAGAAUCCAAAGCACAACCAUGUUUGUUCUGUGGAGAGAAACAUGAUAGUUCGAGUUGUGAAAAGGCGAAAGGCAUGGAUAUGGACGAGAGAUCUAAGAUCGUUAAAGAAAAAAAUGGCUGUUUCAGAUGUCUAAAGGUAGGACAAAGCUAUAAGAAAUUUUACAGCAAAGAAAAAUGUCCCUGGUGCAGUAAAGGACACUGCCUUUUGAUGUGCCGAAAUCUUUCGAGCAAUAGCCAGAAAUCGGUUGAUGAGAAGCCCAACGGUUCAAAAUUCAACGAGGGAAAUAGUUGUUUGGCUAAUGUUUCAAGUGCCAAAAUAUUUUUACCUAUACUGAAGAUCAGGAUGCGUGGACCGAGAAAAAGUGUAUCUGUUCGUGCCAUUAUAGAUACAGGCUCACACAGAUCCUACAUUUUGAAGAGGUUAGCAAGGGAUCUAGGAUACGAAGCAGAAGGUGAGCAAACGAUGGUACAUUUACUUUUUGGAGGAACGAAGACUAAGCCUCAAAAACACAAAAGCUAUCGGAUCCACAUUGGUAACUUGGAAGGAACGUAUAAGUGUGAUUUUAUAGCCUUACAACAAGACACUAUUUGCCAAGAUGUUCCCAACAUAGGCACUGGCUUGUGGACGGAGGCGCUUAAAGAGAAGAAUGUCCAUCUAAGCGACACCGGUGAAACCAGAGAGUCUAUUUCUUUGUUGAUAGGAGCGGACGUUGUGGGCAAGCUAUUUACAGGCAAAAUCAUACAACUGAACCAAGGAGCGACAGCUAUCGAGACGAAGCUUGGAUGGACGAUUUUAGGCAGAAAUUCAGAAGAAAGUAGUGACACAGACACUACGCUGAUGGUCGUCUCCAUGUUUUCUCAAGAGGCCAGCGUGUCAGAUUUAUGGAAACUAGACACGUUAGGAAUUACUGACCCGAUCGAGAGCAUAAGUAAAGAGGCACGACAAGAAGAAAUUAAGGCAUUGCUUCAAGAGACAACAAAGAUUACCGAAAAAGGACAUUUCGAUGUCAUCUUGCCCUGGAAGGAUAAUCAUCCGCCCUUGCAAGAUAACCGGGACAUGGCUAAAAGAAGAUUGGAUGUCGUCACGAAGAAAUUGAAACAAGAAAACUUAUUCGACGAUUACAAUACAAUCUUCAGCAACUGGCUCGAGGAGGGUAUUAUAGAAAAAGUACCUGUGCAUGAAGUUGACAGAGAGAGUUACUACCUUCCGCCAGUUGUCAAGAGAGGAGGAACCACUAGGAUUCGACCCGUUUUCGAUGCCUCGGCCAAGAAGAAGGAUACGCCGUCGCUCAACCAGUGUUUAGAAACGGGAUCCAAUCUUAUUGAGCUUGUUCCAGCAUUGCUGCAUCGAUUCAGAGAAAAGAGGAUAGGAGUAACAAUAGAUAUUGCUAAAGCCUUUUUACAAAUUAGCGUUUCCCCAUCAGAUAGAGAUGUCCUAAGGUUUUUGUGGUGGCAUACUAACGGCGAAAUCGAGACUUAUCGUCGGGUUGUUUUCGGAAUAACUAGCAGCCCUUUCCUUCUAGGAGCCACCAAAAUUACUCAUUGA